AUGUCUCAACCUGAGUUCCUUCUCGCCAACAACACCGCAUACGCCGUCAAGGGCAUAGUGCCCACUGUGAACUUCCAAGAGUCGCUGUUCAUUCCCAAGGGCGAAGUCCUGAAGGACAACAAGCCGCGCUACAUCGUUGUAACCUGCAUGGAUAACCGGAUUGACCCGAUACGCGCUCUCGGUCUCGAAGACGCGGCCAUCAUCCGCAGCGCUGGCGGCAUAGCCAUCGACGCCGACGUGCUCCGUUCGCUUAUCGUUUUUCAAGAGCUCAAACAAGGGAAGGAGAUUGCCGUCGUGCACCAUACCGACUGCGGCGCGUUGCGCAUCUCGACAGAGGAGAUCCAUGCUGGUCCCAAGAACAUACCGAAGGACCUACAGUUUCACGAGUUUCGUGAUGUUGAGGAAGGCGUGCGAAGGGACGUGCGCUGGUUGAAGGAGCGCGUGCAGGAGGGUGUGCUACUCGAAGGAACUACUGUCAUGGGAUAUGUCAUUGAGAAUGAGACGGGCAAGAGCUACGCGUCGUUGAGUGAACAUCACAUCGCUUAG